CUAAACUUGCCUUUCCUUUAGCUUUAAUCGGACGCAUCAUGCAGUAGCCAUUUUCUGUUUGCCUUUCGCGUUGUUGUUUAAGUUUGUCGUGUUAUUUUUGGAGUUGAAAUGACUACAAACGAUGAUGUUGGUAUGGAAGUUGAAUUGACGGACGACGAUCCACGCAGUCUGUUGAUAGAGUUGAUUAAAAAUUAUCCGCUUCUAUAUGAUUUGAGUCAUUCUGAUUAUAAAUUUCAAUCGAGGAAAGAUCAGGCUUGGGCUGAAAUUGCUAGUGUUAUAGGGAUUUCGAGUGAAGAUUGUCAAAAAUUAUGGAAAUCAGUGAGAGAUCGAUAUACGCGGGAAAGAAGGGUAAAAAACCCGGAAAAUGCCCCUUCAAGAUGGUGUUUUUAUGAUAAAAUGUCUUUUUAUGCUAAAUUCACCAAACCACGCAAGUUCAAAUUCAAAAUAUGUCGAACUGAUGCAACAACAGAUAAAAAGCUAACUGCCUUUUCUCAGCAAGAUUCUUCUGACGCAAAUAGUAGUGACAACAGCAAAAUAAUCCCACCAAAUACUAAAAUACUAAUAAGAAAAAUCAAAUUAACAGAAAAUAAUAAAUCUGACUCACCUCAAGAACCAAAAAUAAUGAAAAUCGAAACAAUAACAGAAACUAACAACACCAAUAAUAUGGAAGAAUCUCAAAACAAUUUUGCCGGAUCUAAUAGAGCAUUUGUCGAAUAUUUGCAUUGUCUUUUAGAAGAACUACCCCCAGAGGAAGCUAAAGAAAAACGGAAACAAAUAUUAUUGUGGAUGUUAACUUGAAAUAAAAAUAUUUU